AUGGGCGUGCUGGAUAUGCAGACCGACUUGAAUAUUGAAUUGGAUUCCUCGUUGCAAUCGGAAAUCCAUCCUGCACUGACCUCUCGGUACGAUCCUGCAGAGCCCGAGUCACGCGGACACCCUCUCCACACGAAUCAACAGAGAUACCCCCAGGAAUCAUCAUCUCAUUUGAGGACUGCCCAACAAACGGUGCAGACACGCUGGGGUGAUCUUCCCAGCCAGGGAACCUCAGAAGACUUGUGCGACUUCUCAUUACCGCUCACCAUGCACUCCUCCUUCCCCUCAACAUAUCCUAGACAUCGUGUCUCUCCUGGGAGAAACACUUCUCCGCAGAAUGCACACCAGGAAGGCCAGGAUGACAUCAUGGCGGACUUUGAUCAAUCGAGAGCAAACUCAAACACUUCCGAUAGCAAAGACCUAGGUACUGACUCUGGGUAUGGUAACGAGCUAUCGCCUUCCGAUCUGCUGCAGUCACCUUACGGCGAUGGAGAAGAUGAGAGCUCAGGACUGCAGAGCAAUAAGCAAGACCAGGGGGAGAUCUCGAAUCCACCGUUUGACACGAAUCCCUCGAGUAUGACUUCGUGGAUUCGAAAGCUUUCUGACACCAAUUUGCUGCUCCAUCACCAUAUGCACUCGAUACCCUUGGUUGAGACGAGGCAAAGAGCACGGAGUAGUUCAAGAACCUCUCUGAGCUCCAUGGAACCCGAAACACGGCUUCCAGUGGAUUUCACCUGUAGGUUGUCAGCUCAAUACACGGGACUCUUGACUAGCAUCUGCGCUAGGCUGGAGUCAUCCAGAUCAAGCAAUGAUACCCAGCCACUAGCACAGCUCACAUUGGACCAACCAUCACAAUUGCUUGUUCUUUCGAGCUAUAUGUGUCUCCUUGAAAUCUACGAUAGGAUUCUGCAGCAUAUGAAAGCAUGGUUAGAGGCGCGACUAAAGCUGGGGGUCAAAGGUACUGCAACUCUGAAUGAAGACGAGGGCGAUUUUUCCUUUCCGUCCCAGUUGCCGAACCUAACCGUGGGCUCGUUUAAAAUACCAAAGACCUCGGCUAUCCAGACCAUCGUCUUGACGUGCAUUCUUGAGACAAACAUGUUGCACAUGCAUUCCCUCAUUAGCGAGAUUAUGAAACCUGCAUGCAAUAACGGCACUGGAUCGGCGUCCAAGACUGAUUCCUCCGGGCCUUCAGUCAGGGAGAAGCGAACCUUGAAUGGAGAUUCGGAUGUUGGUGAUGGGCUUUCUAGCGUAGCGAAGGUCACCUUGCAGGCCAUUGAAACGAAUGAAGAUACCACAUUACGGCUGGUGCAUACUGUUUCCAAGCUAGCUCAUCAGCGCGUUAUGCUUUGA